UUACUAUCUAUAAACGGUCUAUUGGCGUGCGAACUGUGGACAAAACUACAGCAUUCAGCGCGAGCCGGAGUCAGCUGUCAGUCACGCUGACGUCAUGUGUGUUUGAGUCGCACCUCGGCGCGCAGGCUUGUUGUAGCGGGAUGGACGCAUGAGGGGAGACCCUCGAUGCCGAUGGAUCUCGAGCGCGCGCUGACGAGCCAAGUGUCACUGCGAUCAGUCCUAAAAUGGGGUGGAUCUUAAAUCAUAACUACGAGAUGGAGACGUGAGAGCGUAUAUAGCCAGAGUACUGUAUCAUCCGCGAAUCCAAAGAGCCGCGUCUUAGUGUUUUUUUCCUCCCUCUUUCACAUCUACACCAUUGAGCACCGAGCGGCGAGGCUGCCUCGAGCUGCGAGGCUGCUAGGCGGAGGCAAGCCGAGCUAUUUUCUGCUCGUCAUAAUAAUUACGAACAAGAUGAAGCGGCGGAAAACGAUGUUGGCGGCAGCGUUUUGCUUCUCCUUUUGUCUCGGCACGCUCAUGAACGUGCUCUUCGUGCCCGGGUUCGAUCCGCACCAAAGCCACGACGCGGCACGACAGCGCUCUUUCAUAGUAACGCAUUCGUCUCGGCUUCACGUCAGCGACGACUUUGCGCCUGGAACCGCAUCGGUUCCGGAGUCCAGCACCACUGCGGCGCUCAGCGAGCUUCGCUUACAGAUACGAGGGAGACUCGGAGAGGUGCUUCGUUACCAAACUCGGGUCGAGGACGCCGCCGCACGACCUCUUGAACGCAGACGGCUGAUGGAUCUUGAGCGGGCGAGCAGCUGGGAUCAGAACAGAGCAGCGGAGAGAAGAGAGGACGAUCACGCACGGGGUACCAGGGCCACGCGGCGGGCUGCUGCAGGCGGGUCAGGCGGGGCGCUCGGGUGCGAGGAUCUGGAGAGAGCCAGCAGUGUGCAGUUUGUGGGCUCGGGCUACACCAAAGCCGUGUAUCGAGCAGAGCUAAACAACAGUUUCUCCGUGGCUCUCAAAUCCGUGGACCUCAGCGGUCACGACAUGGAGAGCUGCGUGAAAAGAUACAGUUCUGCUGAGGACUGUUACCGACUCGCUUCAUUCAAGAUCAUCAAAGAGAUGACACUGAUGGAGAGACUGCAACAUCCCAACAUCCUCAAGCUGUAUGGCUACUGCUACCAGGACAGCAGUGAUAUCAAAGACACGGUGACAGCUAUCACGGAGCUUGGCAGCCCUCUAGAGAUGAUCCAGUUGCUGCAGACACCCUGGGAAGAGCGGUUUAGAAUCUGCAUGAGUCUGGCACGUCUGCUCCACUACCUGGCCCACUCACCGCUCGGCUCUCUCACCCUGCUGGACUUCAGGCCCAGGCAGUUUGUCUUGGUGGAUGGGGAGUUAAAGGUGACCGACCUGGACGACGCCAGCGUGGAGGACACGCCAUGCUCAGCGUCUUCACCUACUGACUGCCGCCUAGAGUUCCCUGCUCGCAACUUUACCCUCCCGUGCAUCAGCGGCUACUGCCAGGGUAUUAACGAGAAGAGGAAUCUAUACAACGCUUACAGGUUCUUCUUCACCUACCUGCUUCCUCACAGCGCUCCUUCAGCUCUGAGGCCUUUCCUUGCCACCAUUGUCAACUCUACAGGGGAACUUCUCUGGGACACAGAUGAGACUCUAGCUCACUUUGAGAAGGUGUUGGAGAUGUAUAGGAAUGGACAUUACCUUCUGAAUGACACACAGAAACACAAAAUAAAAUAUAAACAGACAGAAGACAUGACUAUACCAGGAGAGAACUACCGCUGCUGGCCAUCCUAUCAGCACGACAGAUGCAUGCUGUCUGUCUACAGUGUCGACGAGGCCAUUGGUGUGUGUGAGAGCCACGCCCAGUGCAGAGCCUUCAUCAUGACCAAUCAGAGCACUUGGACAGGCCACCAGCUUGUGCUCUUCAAGACGGGUUUCUCGAAUAUGGCUCCAGAUAAAGGAAAGCUAACAUAUAUCCGACUGGACAGCUGAGAGAGGGAGAGAGAGAGAGAGAGGUGGAAGAGCUGUGGUCAGGUUGAGACGAGUCAGGUUCACGGCUCUCCAUCCAUCCAUUCAUUUUUAAAAAUUAUUUAUGUGAAAUUCAUGAGGACAUUGAGCACACUGAGACAUAAUGAAGUGCAAUGGAGAAUAUCGUUCAUUUGACCUUCCUCCUCUAUUUUGAAUGUUAAAAAUAAUCUCAGAGUUGGAGUUGUACCUUCAAAAGUCAUCCUCAGUCGCACUCAGAUACACUGCCAUCAGGGAGCAAUUCUUCCUCUUUUUCAUUUCCCCAAACCACCUAUUCUUCUUCCUGUGUCACUUUCUGUUUUAUGUCACGGCAGGUUACACCUUCAGGACUCAGGUAUGCCUAAUCCAGCUCAUAUCUAUGAAUGCAUUGAAUCUCCUCCUCACUCCUUGUUUUUUCUUCUCAUAAGUCAUGAGCACUUUUUAAAAAGUGAACACAGGGUCUUUAGUUUUCAUCCUGAGCUUUAUAGAGCUUUACAGAGCUCCUCUUUCAUUCCAAAUCUUUCUAGUUUGUUUAUAUGAUGUGAAGGGAUGGUAAAAGAUACAGCCAUAUUUUCAAAUAAGUAUUUUGGCAGUGCAAGAUCAUUUAUUAUGAUUAUGAAAGUCCGGUUUACUGUAAAAUGAAGAAACAGAGUUUUAAUGUAUUUUUCUGAAUAUGACAUUUUUGUUGUGCAUGUGCAUCAGCCAAGUGUCGUGAUCAGUUUUAAAAUGAAUCGCAGCUGUUUGAUGUCUUCUGUGGAGAAGAUCCAAAUCCACACCUGCAGUCUGUGUGACUCCUUGUUCAUUACAAGGUGAUUUUUCUCAACCUAUAAAUUUCCCAAGGAAAUGUGAACUUUUACUUGUCAUGUGAAGGAUAAAACGAGUCUUUGCUUUCAGGGAAAGCAAUUAAAAUGAAGCUGAAGUAGAACAUGUACAUUGGUUUUGGUUUUCUUAACUAUGUGGUGUAUAUAAUGACACUUGUGAUGAAAGCAAUAUUUUUGUAUGAAAAUAUAAAAAUCUCAA